GCUAGACGUCCGAGGAAGCAGAGCUCUCGGGAACUGUGUCUGCAGCCGGACUGCAAGGCCAAUCAUAACUCAAAUUAUAUUGAUUCAAAUUAUUACUCGCUGAUAUUGUACGGGACUGAACUUCGUGAUGUCAGAAAUCAGGUUUUUAGUGAUUUUUCAAGCAAUCAUGGUCACCUUGACUUUCUUGAACAUGGUCACUAAAACAGAAAGUCGAAGAGCUGGUUCAGGAUCAACCGUCUCUAUUUCCAUAGAGGAUGUUUCCACAAAAUUGAAAAUCAAGAAAGCUGGAGUAAGAUGGGGUCUGAAAGAGUGCCAACGGCUUUUUAAAGACGAGCUCUGGGACUGCAGUUUUUAUAACAAAAGCGUGACUGGAGCAUUACCUGAUUUUGUUCAAAGAACUCUGCCCUAUGCCAACAAAGAAACAGCGUUUUUACAUGCGAUCACAACUGCUGGCAUCCUACGAGAAAUCGUUUCUCAAUGUGCUGCAAACAAAAUCACCGAAUGUAUCUGUGAAAAAAAAGCAGGGCGAACGUCUAGAUGUGGGAACAACCUGUCAUUUGCUAUGAAAGCAACGCGUAACCUCACAAGAAAUGGAAAAUAAGGGAACAACGAACGAAGAGAAAUUGAAAAAAAGAAUCAAGAAGUGGGAAUAGAGGUUUUCAAGACGAAUUAUGAACGAAAUUGUCGUGGUAGAGUGCUAAGAAAUUGUAACAAUUGGCAGGAAGUUGCAAACGAACU